AGAUGGCGCCAGCACUUAUAUAUCGCAAUUUUUUUACACAAGCAAGCAGAGACAUGCAGACGAUUAGUUCUGCCUGGUUCAUGGAUCGAUGCCAUUCGCUGCACUUGCUUUGCUGAAGUAGGUGUUUGAUGGCUACUGCCUGGAUGAUUGGGCCUGAAUGGAGUGCUUUAGUUCAGAUGGAGUUUCAACCACAGCGAACAUGUCGGAUUGCGUAACCCCCAGCUGAAGUAACUAACGUGAUGUAUGUGACCACCUUCCUGCGUUAUAUAAGGCUUGGUGGUAGAUGUGUUUCUGCUCGUGUCCUUCAGAGGAGGAAUCUCUCAGGAGCGGAUGCCAUUAAUGCUCUGCGGCCCUUUUACUUUGCAGUGCACCCGGAUUUCUUUGGCCAGCAUCCGAGAGAGAGAGAGGUGAAUGAAAACUCCCUCAAAAGGCUCAAUGGUUAUCUGGAAAACAUUCAAAAGCCCGGCGAGAGAUUUCCAAAACCUACAAACUUCACUUUUUAUGUCAGGGACACAAAAGAAAAAUCGGACCCCAAUGGUAGUUUGCUAGUUUCAGGUUUCCGGUCUGUGAGUUUCACUCUACAGUCUAAGGAUGUUCUGAGCACAGUGCUGGAUGUUCUGAGAUCAUGUAGUCUUUCGGUUGAGCAUAUGCAGGAUGUGCUCAAGCACGAGACCACAAAGAGCUCGACACAACAGCCUGGAACAGCUUUCUAUCGGCCCAUCAAAUGGGACAAGACGUAUUAUACUUUCACUGGAUUCAGGGACCCAGAACAGGAGCUGGAGCAGGCCAGAAGAGUGGAGCCCACACUCAGUUUAUGGCUGAGAAAAAAUGAGCCAGAAGCCACAAAGAAACAGAAUGCCAGUCUUCCACAUCGUGAAGAGCUGAAAAGACUAAAAAGAGAGCUGAUUCAGAAACUCGGUUUAUUAAAUAUAAGAUGGCAGCGCAAAUGGGGAGUUGCACACAAAUGCAGUCAGCUGCAGAGUCUGAGUCGCCUCUCCACACAAAGCCCCGAGGCUCUGCUCAACCUGAGAGGGCACAUAAUCAUUUUUACUGACCAAUCAGGGAUGAAUGCCUCUGGGCAUGUGAUGUUGGGAACAACAGAUGUCCACCAUCAAUGGACAAAGCUCUUUGAAAGACUACCAAGCUACAGAAGCCUGUUUGAGCAGUCGGCCGCACUGAAGGAGCGCAUCAGUCACCUGUUGGGAGGGAUUCAUGUAGUCCACAUGGAGCGGUUGGGUCCAGGUCUGACUCUGGAGGAACACUAUAACACCCUCAGCAGCUUUCUCAGAAGAGUCUCACCUCAGCGUCUCUCCCUGCACCCCCGCAGCCUGCAGGGCCUCUUGAUGACCUUGGAAAAUGACCGCUCCACCCCCUGCCUGCAUGAGAUGGGCCACUUCAUCAUCCCCACCAUGUGUGACACCCUCCAGCUGCAGAACUUCCUCCAGAGUCAGGCUCACGAGGCCCGCAGACGCAUGCUGAGCAAAGACAAGUUGGAGGCGGAGGAAGAAGACAUCAUUUCCAGCUGUCUGGAGGAUUUGUGUCUGCGCAGCCUGUCUAAAGAGCCCAGCGUGUCCAGCAAUCAGAUGAUCCCCUGCUGCCGGCGUCUGAUGGAGGAACGAUCUCCUCAAAUGCAAGGUCUUCAUCUGUGUGUGUCGCAUUUCUAUUCAGUCAUGCAGGACGGGGAUCUGUGUAUUCCCUGGAACUGGAAAGGCUGAAACAUAUCAAUGAGCUUUAUAUCGGAUUACUUUACCUCCCGGGCUCAUGUAGUACUAUUAAAAAUAAUAGAUACUGGCCUAAUGUUUAGGCAUAAAUAUAAAUGCACUUUUGGAUGUAGAGUUCUACCACAAAGUGUUGAUGGUUAUCAGGCAGUAGGGCACUAUGAUGUAAUGUAACUUAGCACUGAAUAGGUUCUAAAGAUUUGCACAGCUAAUCACACACAUGAACAUUAGCAUAAUAAUCCCUUUUGUGUUUUUUUCACUGCAGAUUAAAAAUUAAGUCACUAUUUACUCACCCUCAAGUGCUACCAAAUAAUAAUAAUAAUAAUAAUUCCUUAAAUUUAUAUAGCGCUUUUCUGGGCACUCAAAGCGCUUUACACAUGGGGGGAAUCUCCUCAUCCACCACCAAACCUUUGUCUUUUUAAACGAAUAUAUAAACUAUUGACUUUCAUAGUAGGGAAAACAAAUACUAUUUCUAAGUCAAUGGUUACCGGUUUUUAACAUUUUUCAAAAUAGCUUCUUUUGAGUUUGACAAAAAAAGACACCCAAGCUAAAGGAGGAGUAAAUGAUGACAGAAAUUUCUGUUUUUUUGUGUGAACUUUAGCUUAAAGCAUUUAGUGUGUUCCAAAAACAGCUUUUGGAAAUGCUGAUAAUUGCGGAAGUUCAUUUUCAGCAUAAAGCAAAAUAACAAUAUCUCACAAUUCUGACUGUGAGACCUAAAUGAGCACUUGCGGAUAUUAUUUAAGUCACUAUUUACUCACUCUCAAAUGCUUCCGAACCUUUAUGUCUUUUCAGAAUAUAUUUUGAACGCAUAUUCAGAAAUAUGUUACAAAUGAUCAACUAUUGACUUUGAUAGUAGAAAAAACAAAUCAUAUGAAAGUCAAUGGUUUCCGGGAUUCAACAUUUUUCAAAAUAGCUUCUUUUGUGUUUGACAGAAGAAAGACACCCAAACUGGUUUGGAACAAGUAAAGAAGGAGUAAAUGAUGACAGAAAUGUCAGUUUUUUUUGUGUGAACUAUCGCCUAAAGUAUUCCAAAAACAGCUUUUGGAAAUGCUGAUAAUUGCGGAAGUUCAUUUUCAGGAUAAAGCAGAAUAACAAUAGAAAAUGUGAUCGAUCUCGCAAUUCUGACCUUUUUACUGUUCCGAUGUAAAUGAGCAGUCCUGAGAAGAAAAUCUCAAUUGUGAGAAUAAAAAGUCGCAAUUACACUUGUUUAUGCUCGACAAAGAAACUUUUUUUUUCUGUCAAUCGUCAUUCGGAUUUUCUAUCUUGCAAAUAUUAUUUUAGUCACUAUCUACUCACCCGCAAGUGCUUCCAAACCUUUUUGUCUUUUCAGAAUAUAUUUUGAACACAUAACAUAAUCAGAAAUAUGUUACAAAUGAACAACUAUUGACUUUCAUAGUAGAAAAAACAAAUACUAUGAAAGUCAAUGGUUACCGGUUUUCAACAUUUUUCAAAAUAACUUCUUUUGUGUUCGACAGAAGAAAGACACCCAAACUGGUUUGGAACAAGUAAAGGAGGAGUAAAUGAUGACACUUGACACAUACUUCUGUGAAAUAUCCCUUAAAGUAUACUAAAAACAGCUUUUGGAAAAGCUGAUAAUUGCGUAAGCUUAUUUUCAGAAUAGAGCAGAACAACAAUUAAAAAAUGUGACCGAUCUCACAGUUCUGACCUUUUGUCUGACGGAUGUAAAUGAGCAGUGCUGAGAAGAAAAUCUAAAUUGUGAGAAUUAAAAAGUCAUAAUUAGUCAUGCUGCUGCUUGGUUCUAAGAUCACAUUUGCACAAAUACUGGGCCAUAUUUAUUUUCAAACCCUGCUUUUGAGAAAACUACAAUUUUAAAAUGAUUUCCAACCAGCCAAAGUGGCUAGUGGGAGCGGCUAUCUAACCCGCCACAGCUGAAAUCUAUUUGUAUUUGGCGGGUUGGAGGGUGUUAAUGUCAAGCCCUGAUUAUUUGUAUUAUUGCUUGCCAAAAGCGUUAUUAGAAUUCUCACAAUCUUUUUUUUCUGGAGGGGUAAUCGCUCAGAUGCGAGUUUACAUUUGAAUAGUGACAUACAAUCUCAAAUUGUAAAAAAAAGGCAGAUAAUUGUCAGAUAAAAAGUACUUUUAUGAAAUCACUUUUGUCAGAAAACUAAGCUUCCAUAGAUCAUAAAUUCAUCUCUUUUAAUCUUAAAGAAACAGGGAAGGUUUCUUUGGAUGCAAUUUUGGAUUUUUUUUAUGCACAUUGUUGGAUUUGGGGUCUUCAGUGCAGCGUGCCACUGCAGUCAUGGUCCAAAUGAGUGAUUUCUUAAGUUUUUGUCAUUUCAAACCUGAAUGUUUCUUAAUCACAGAAGAUAAACGCAUUUCUUACGGUAACACUGACUGCCAAAAUCUAAAAUGCACAGUCGAAAUACUUGUUUUCUGCGCAACUACAGAAAUGAGAGUCAAAAAGAUUCUCUGAAAAUGUAGUGUUCUCUUCUGUGUGUACAUUAUCAGUCCUGAAUGCUGCAAUGGUGUCUGUCCUGAGACGUACAGUAUAUCUGUGUUGUUUGCUGCUGUGUUAAAAGUUUAUAACUAUACGUCUGUAUGCCCAAUAAAUAGUGAACUAUGUAAAAACUAGGUUUUAACCAUGGUUCCAGUUUGAAUGAUCACCAUUGUCAUUUUCUACAUGUUUGCUUUGGCAUGUUUAAUGUUGGACAAUUCUGUGAAUUAUCCACUGUAAUCAACACCAAUAAAUAUUAUAAUUCAGAUGUGUAAUAUA